AUGGGCGAGGCACGACGACGAGCAAGCUGCUCGGCGGAGACGACGACGGCGGCGGGAAAUAAGGGAACGACACACUGGCAGAGAGGAAUACGACGCCUUGGACCGGCUGAACCACGCAGCCCCCGAGGAAGUAGCCGGGCGCCAGCGCUGGCACAGCCGCUUCUCUCCAAGGGCGGCUCCACCGCCUUCGAGGCCCGGGCGAACGCACCUCCGCCCGGCCCUGAAGUCGCGGCGCGCCUCAGGACGGGCAUCCCCCUACCGUUCUGGGCGCCAAGGGGUCCGAUUCGCUGCAGAGUCACCUGGGCGGAGCCGGCGUUCGUCCAUCGCGAGUCGUCCCAGGAGAUUCGGCAGGAGCCGAAAUCGGCACAGUUUCCGGCGGUCCGAAGCUUGGGAGGAGCGCGAAGACUCUAG